UAGAAAGCAACAAGUUUAUUAUUGCACAGUUAAGAAAAACAAAAACCUUUUGAGAAUCCAUUCAACAAAACAACUAAUAGAACUACUACGAGUCAAAAUGCGGAUAUCGGUGGCCAUUUCCUUUCUAAUUUUCAUCACGUCUCUGACACACGAAUCGUUCGUUAUUGCCACAGGUAAAACUGUUCAUGGGCGUAUCACGGGCGGCACUCCGGCUGCGAUUGGAGAGUUCCCUCACGUAGUGGCCAUUAAAGUAGACAAGGAAUUCCGUUGCGGCGGAUUUAUUUACAACGAACGGUGGGUAAUCACGACUGCAUCCUGCGUCUACGGAUUCACAAAUCUUUUGGACCGGGUGACAGUGGAAGCUGGUGUAGUAUCGUUGGAUUCCACCUCCGUACCGAGUCAACAACUUAUUCGGAUCGAGUCGUUCCACGUGUACGAUUCUUACGACGAAUCUCUUACGGGACCGCUACACGAUCUUGCCCUGAUACAGACAAAUUCGCCUUUCAUUUUCGAUUCGAACGUAAAUUUUUCGUAUUACGACGAAUUGAGCCAAAAUCCCGAACAAUUAAUUUUCACUGGAUGGGGCAGUACCACAGGAGUAAAUGGCGGUCUGUAUUCAAACGAGUUGCAAAACGCAACGAUUACCUUGAAUAAUAAUUCAACUAUUUGUCAACUGGCUUACGAAAUUUACAAUAACGCUUACAUGAUCUGCACCGGAGAUGAACUAGACCAUGCAAGUCCAUGUUACUAUGACGAAGGAUCACCUUUGAUGCAGAAUGGAUUUGUUGUUGGAGUCAUGUCGAGGAAUAAGGGCUGCGACGCAGCUGGAACGAUUGAACCGACCAUUUUCACACGGCUGUCACCUUACUACAAUUGGAUAUCCACUACGGCUGGAUUGCAACCAGUUUUAUCCAAUCUAUCCUUGUAAAAAAGUGAUCCUAUACAAACAAAUAAAAAAAUAGGAAUAAAACCAAGACUAAUCC